AUGCUCAUGCCCUCGGAUACGGCCAUGUCGUUCCUGAUCGACCUUAACAGCGACGGAAAUCUGGCUAAUAGUGGUCAUAUCGCUUUCUUCCUCAUUGAACAGUCGAUAAUGGCACUCGAUCUGAUCCGUGGCUGGAUAAACCAUAUCAACACAGUGCCCGGCUUGUUGGAUGCUGCGCAAGCCCUCCUCCUGCUCGGCGUCCACCCGUCCGGCCUGGCCCUCGACCAGCAAGAUGCAAUUCUCUCAUCUGUAAGCCUGGCUACCGAAGCUGGAAGAGGGAGAAUGUGUGACGUGACGACGACAACUUUGGGCAAAAGACGUGAACGACCGAUUGGUGAAUUUUUCCACAAUCACCGGAGUAGGCAUCAUGUUUCCAUUGCAAUUCACGUGGACUUUUCGCCCAAAAUGCAUACUCACCCAGACUGGAAUUGGAGGCAGUUUUGA